GUACUAGGAGCCGAGCUGCAGUGAGAGUGCUGGGGAGGCACCUUGGAAGGAGGAGCCCGCGUUGUGCGGAGGGGUCACAAGCCCAGUCCCGGCUGCAGUGCGAUUGCUGGAACGUAGGAUCGGGGCGUCGGAGCGGACAGACCCCGGGGGCCGCGUCUUCUCGGCUCAGCCUGCGGCUGGAAUGUGACUAGAGCCGAACGGAGCUGGCAUGGGCAGCCGGGCUAUUUCUGAUGCCUUACCUCACCCCCUCCUCCCGGCCUGUGACAACAACUGCUGAGGCUUCACCAGGGGAGGGGGCUCCGCUAUGAACUAUCCAACCCAUGACUGGCAAAGCGACCCACAGCGUGCUCUACUCGUGGAAAGGGGUGCUCUUCACAUGCCUGUCCGGGAGUGACCCAAAGAAGCGCAAAGAAAUGAGCCGUCAGACUGCUGCAGCCAUCCCCACUGGUACUUCAAAGUGUCCACCUUCCCAGCGGGUGCCAGCUUUGACAGGAACAACGGCUUCAAACAAUGACUUGGCGAGCCUCUUUGAAUGCCCCGUAUGCUUUGACUAUGUUUUGCCACCUAUUCUUCAAUGUCAGAGCGGACAUCUUGUCUGCAGCAACUGUCGCCCCAAACUCACAUGUUGCCCAACCUGCAGAGGGCCCUUGGGAUCUAUCCGCAACCUGGCAAUGGAAAAAGUUGCCAACUCUGUCCUAUUCCCCUGCAAAUAUGCUUCUUCUGGUUGUGAGGUAACUUUGCCGCACACAGAGAAAGCUGACCACGAAGAGCUGUGUGAAUUUCGACCGUACUCCUGUCCCUGCCCUGGAGCAUCCUGUAAAUGGCAAGGGUCCCUGGAUGCAGUGAUGCCACACCUUAUGCAUCAGCAUAAAUCCAUAACAACGUUACAAGGAGAGGAUAUUGUUUUUCUUGCCACAGACAUUAACCUUCCUGGGGCUGUGGACUGGGUUAUGAUGCAGUCCUGUUUUGGGUUUCAUUUUAUGCUGGUCUUGGAGAAACAGGAAAAGUAUGAUGGUCACCAACAAUUCUUUGCUAUUGUACAGCUAAUAGGAACACGGAAGCAAGCUGAGAACUUUGCUUACCGCCUGGAGUUAAAUGGUCACCGGCGACGAUUGACUUGGGAGGCUACACCACGUUCUAUUCAUGAGGGUAUUGCAACCGCUAUCAUGAACAGUGACUGCCUAGUGUUUGAUACAAGCAUUGCACAACUCUUUGCGGAAAAUGGCAAUUUAGGAAUAAAUGUAACAAUUUCAAUGUGUUAAACAAUGGCAAUCGCAAACUUCCAGGGCCAGUGUUUGAAGUCCUUGCUCUAUAUUCUUUACUUUCUACAGUACAACUGACAUUUGCUGCCGGCCAUGGACUGAAGAAAGGAAAAAUAAAUAUAGGCAUGGCAAAAGAACUACACAAACAGGAAGCAGAUGCAUGUAAAAAGAAAAAACACUAAUAUUUAAAAUCAACCACUGAAAAAUCCUAUCCCCUUUACUCGGGCAUCCUUUUCUUCCUUUUUUUUAUUUUUAUUUUUUUUAUUUUAUGUAAAAAAACAAACAAAAAAAAGCAAAAACAGAAAAUUAAAAUACCCCUCAAUUAAUUUGUGUUUGUAGUUUGUACAGUAAAAUACUGUCUGUGUUUCUUUCCCUUUUUGACGACAAGCCAUUCUGCAGGGCCCCUCUCUGGGCACUGCGUUCCUCAUUUGUAAGUCACUAUAUAGAAUUGCUGCUGUUUGUGUAUAUUUUCUGUGUAUUGCUAAUUUUUAUUAACUUCUAGUUUUUCAUUCAAUAAAUUUGACUUUCUUUUCUGUAAUUAAGUAUAUAAAUAUAUAUAUUUUUUUUUGUACACAUAAGUUUGCUAUGCAUAAUUUCUUGAUUUACUUACCCUUCCCCAUAUUUUAUUUUGCUCUCCGAUCUGGAAUGAGGAAUGCUAAUAUUUUCAGUGAUAUUUGACCUAACAAGAUUGUUUUAACUUGGCCCUUGUGGUACAUAAAAUGGUUGGAUUGGUCAGACAUUUACAUUUUGCUGGAAACUUAUUUCUGGAGCCUUAUCUAAAUCCUGAAAAGUCUAAAUACCAGUUGCAAUCUUUCAUGGCGCCUGUACAGAGGAGGGCCAGCCAUUUUAAGGAUUGAACUAAAUUCUUCCCUUUUUAGGAAAUUAUUAUGGAAUCCACUGAUUGCGUCAAUAACAGCAGUGGUUCCGACCGUAAAAUGGCAGCAUUCAAGUUAUUAAAGAAUGGAAAACUACCGAACAGAUGAUGAUUUUUUUUAUUUUAUUUUUUUAUGUAAACGGCAACAUUUUUUCUUUUGCAGCUGGUAUACCUUUGAGAUUUCGAUAUGGUUUUAGAAAAGUUGACAGUGCAUUUGGUGAGUUUACAGUGCAGGGGGCUGUUUGUUUUGUAGUGCAAAACUCCAUUGUCUUUUCAAAUUCUAAUUGAAACCAGAUAUUGUUUCAUGAGUAGUCUCAAAAUGAGAUGUUCUCCAUCUUUUUAUAAUUGUCAUUAAAAAUAAUACUUGGCAA